AUGGCCGAUGAAAUUGAUAGCAACGAAAAAAUGGCAGAUUUACUGCGUGACCAUGACAUAAGAAAGCAAAAGGAAAAGAGAGCCAGGUUGAUAAUCGUACUCACGAUAGCUUUCCUUACUUUAUUAUUUGCUGCUUGGAAUAUAUGGCGCAUGGUUAUUGCCGUCGAAGAGCCGGUAGUUACAAUCAAAGAUGUGACCCGUCCUGAAAUACCGGUUCCAGGUGUGGUCUUUUGCGGGACAACGCUGGAUAUGCCUGUAAAUUGUUUCAAGGCAGCGAUGAACCAAGCAGAUGAUAAUUACGCCGCGGCACCUCCAUGUGACGAAUACAUCCGCACACCUACUGAUGCAUCGCAGUAUAUUAACAUGCAAGGAUUCGUCAAUCUCACAGGCUACUAUUGCUACGAAUUCAACCCCUCGGUCCCAGCUAGUGGCGAUGGUCCGCCAUUACAUUAUAAUAGCUCAAUUCAGAAAAUCAUCUUUUCGCUUUGGUCGAAAGAGAAGGCGAAUAAUACGUUGGGGGCCAUCACAAACGAUGCUUGGUUCUUUUAUGCCAUCUUCUCAGAAGCUGAAGAUCCAAAAGAUGCAAUGUUUCAAAUAGUCAAAUUCCCCACAAUCAGUUAUCUCUACUUUAAAAGACUGGAAAAAUACGACUCUACUAAGUCGGAUGCCAUAACUGGCGGUCGCUCGACCGAGCAUCUAACCAACGGAGCAAAUGUUGAACUUGAGACUUCUCUGUCGACCUUUGCAAUCGAAGGAUUUGGUAUCAGUGCAAAUUUGUGGGGAUUAUUCAGGAUCAUACCGGAACGCUACAACUUUGAUGCAGCGGCAUCGUCAUAUACGUAUCCAGUGGAGAUUUGGAACAACAGAGUUGAGUUCACGCUGUUACAGAUGGCAGCAAAUAUGGGUGGUUUCGUCAGUAUUUUGUCGGCUCUGUACUUGUUGUUAUUUGGAACGAGGAGGACUGUUCCGUGGGGAGUUGUACAGAAAUAUCUUCUCAAGAGCAUCCCACCGCCGCCACCCGUCUAUACCCCAGCUGCGCUUCCACCGUAUCAGGCAGCAGAGACAAAGCGAAAGAAUCAACCUGAACCUACUCCAAAUCGUCCCAACGAACUAACACCCUAUCCAGUCGACGCUUAUCCCACUACUGCUUCUCCCCCGGCACCAUUCCCCUAUUAUGGUCUCGAUCCUGCCGAUAGGUUGCUGACUGUUGAGAGACAUAACAGCACCAGCGAGGCAGCUGACGAUGGCAGAGACUCUGAUCAAGAACGGGCAAGUUUCUAUGAGUUGAACGAUCCUGUGGUGCUGCGAUUGCGUCAGGAAUUAAGAAUGGAAGUUCAGAGUACUAUCGCAAACGAAUUGGCCAAGAUGAGAGCUUAUCUGAACAAGUACUAUUUUCAGGGAGAGUUCAAGACAGACUGA